AUGUUUGGGGUUGAAGCUUUGAAAGAUUCGCGAGAAUUCUCAGAAGCCCGUUUCGGUGAUGCUAAAAUCGUACAAGGAGCUAGUGUUGGAAAGCUGUGUAGCUGGUUACUGUCUCAUAUUCAAAAGUUGCAGAAAAUUUAUUCAGAAUAA